GUCAAAAUUCGCUUGCGCACAAAAACAAAACAGAAGUUUGUUUACAAGCCGCACUGAAACUUUUUUUUGCAAAACAGCAUUCGCAUUCUAGAAUGAAAACCACCCAGAACGAGGACGACAGCAACGAGGCGCCGUACGUGGUGGAGAAGGUGCUCGACCGGCGCAUCACGUCGGCCGGCAAGAUCGAGUACUACCUCAAGUGGAAGGGCUACUCGGAGGCGGACAACACCUGGGAACCGGACGAGAACCUGGACUGCCCGGAGCUGAUUGCCAAGUACGAGGAGGCGCGCCGGAUGAAGGAGUUCAAGGAGGCGAAGAAGAAGGCCGGCAAGAAGAAGCUGGAGGAGAUUACGAAGCCGCGGGGGUACGAGCGGGGUUUGGCACUGGCGCGGAUUGUCGGGGCGACGGAUUGCGGCGGGGAGUUGAUGUUUCUCGUUCAGUGGAGUGGCACGGACGAGAUGGACAUUUUGGCGGCGGCGACGGUUAACGAGCGCGAUCCGGCGACGGUGAUUGCGUACUACGAGGCCAAGAGUAAGGUCGUGGAGAAGGCGAAGGAACGGGCCAAGUUUGCCGCUUACGAGGAGGAACGGGUGGAUGUGGCGAGCGGGAAUGAUGGGGAGGGGGGCGUUGAGGUUGAUGGGGUAGGUGGGGGUGGGAUGGAGACCAUUUCCGGCACGGAGAUUCCCAGCGGAACGCUGGAAGCCAUGAUGGAGGAUUGAAGAAAGGUAUAUUUUAGAUUUUUUUAAGAUUCUAUUUUACCCACUUUUUGCUAAGGACUAGAAUUAUACCAACACGAUCACUCUA